GGUGGCGGCGGCGGCGGCCGGGCAGGGGCCCCUGUUCCCCGCCAGGCUGCAGGCGCCGGGCCUGGGCCAGCAGGGCAGCUGUGACCCGAGCGCUCUCCGGGCGGCGAGCUGGGGGUGCGCCCGGACCCCCGUCCCCGUGAUCAUGGGGAAUGGCAUGACCAAGGUACUUCCUGGACUCUACCUCGGAAACUUCAUUGAUGCCAAAGACCCGGACCAGCUGGGCCGGAAUAAGAUCACACACAUCAUCUCUAUCCACGAGUCACCCCAGCCUCUGCUGCAGGACAUCACCUACCUUCGCAUCCCUGUGGCGGACACCCCUGAGGUACCCAUCAAAAAGCACUUCAAAGAAUGUAUCAACUUCAUCCACUGUUGCCGCCUCAAUGGGGGGAACUGCCUUGUGCACUGCUUUGCAGGCAUCUCCCGAAGCACCACCAUCGUGACGGCAUAUGUGAUGACUGUAACGGGGCUUGGCUGGCGGGACGUGCUUGAAGCCAUCAAGGCCACCCGGCCCAUCGCCAACCCCAACCCAGGCUUUAGGCAGCAGCUUGAAGAGUUUGGCUGGGGCAACUCCCGGAAGGUAGGGGCUGCGGCAGAGGCGGGAGCCUCUUCCUGCUCUGAGUUGAGCACCCACUGCACGGAAUUUAGCCUGUGCUUCAGACCUGGCAGGAGAUUUUGCUCGGGUCUCAAACGCACGACUCUUGAAUUAAUCUAGCCCUUAGGUGUAUUU